GUGUGUAGGGAGAGAGAGGGAAAGAGGGAGGGAGAGAUGUAUCUGUUCAGUAGGGUAGGUUAGUUCCUCCUCUCCGUCUUACACCAGCAGUCUGUUACUUUCUUCUCCUUGGCUGAAGUGAAACUCCAGCAGCAGGUUGUGCAGCCAUGUUGGCCGUGUGUUUAAGGCUGCUUUUGCUCCUCACCCUGGUCAGCGCUGUACCCUCCCCUUCCAGACCUCCAUCCAGACUCUGCAGACGAUGCUGCGACCACCAUGAGCCACCAGCAGCUUCUACUCAAUAUCAGAUGCCUGAGGUCCGCACUGUCAUCAAUAUGACCAUCCUCAAAGGUGACAAAGGAGACAAAGGCGACAAGGGUACACCUGGCAAGCCAGGUAUAGAAGGUCAUCCAGGCAUUCGAGGCCCCGUGGGCCCUACAGGCAGCAAAGGCCAGGCGGGCAUUCCUGGAGAUGCCUGCAAGAUCCCUCACUCUUCCUUCUCGGUGGGCCGUCGCAAGUCCCUGCACAGCGUGGACUACUACCAGGCGCUGGUGUUCGACACUGUGUUCGUCAACAUCCAUGAGCACUUCAACAUGUUCAAGGGAAAGUUCUACUGCUACGUGCCCGGGAUCUACUUCUUCAAUGUGAACAUCCACACCUGGAACUUUAAGGAGACCUACCUCCACCUCAUGCACAACACCAAGGAGCAGGUCAUUCUGUACGCUCAGCCCAGCGAGAGGUCCAUCAUGCAGAGCCAGAGUGUCAUGCUCAAUCUGGCUCUGAAUGAUGAGGUCUGGGUUCGACUCUACAAGAGGGAGCGGGAGAAUGCUGUUUAUAGUGACGAUGUGGAUGUUUACAUCACCUUUAACGGAUACCUGGUGGCGCCUGGCGUUCAGUAAAACGGAAGCAAGAGAGUAACAGAAUCUCUGGUAUUAUCUGGACUUUUUGCCAUGGAUACUGCUUAAUGCAAAGAAAUGAGAGCCAAAAAGAGGACAUUGCAAGUUUGGUGCUUAUCAAAUAUUCCUUUUAGACUUGAGAGGAACAAACUGUGCUUUUUUAAUGAGGCUUUUAGAAUACAAAGGCACAGUUAACAAGAAACGUAGCACAACAUGAAUAGGGAAUGUAGAAUUACUUUCUGAAUAACAAAGGAAAGGCAUAUUUCCUUCUUCUUCGCUGUGCUAUUUUUUCUUCUUGGAUCACUUUUUUUCAGGGACUUUGUGUAUGAAUGCAAGUUGUAUCAGGAAUCUUAAAUCUGUGCAAUCAGUUGUGUAUUUGUGCCAUGGUGCUUUUUAGAGAAAACUUUCUGUUUCAUUAAAAUGCAUUUUUCACAGCCUGUUUAUUGAA